AUCAGUUACACACUUACGCACAAACAGCGUAUACGCUACAUUGAACCACAUAUAUACACACACACACACACACAAAAAAAACUGUGCAAAUUUUUGCGUGCGUGUGUUGUUGUCAUCGUCGUAAUCACCACGUUCCGUGCUAACUGCAAUAGCGUAUUUUCAGUUUUUCAUUGCCAAAAAAAAAAAAAAAUUAUACAUAAUAUUUUACAAUAAUAAUAAUAACAAUAAAUAGUAUAAACUAAAAAACGCUAUUGUUCCGUUCGCUAUUUAUACGGUGUGUGUGUGUGUGUGUGUUCGCGCGUUCGUUCGUGUUGUAAUUUUCUAGUCAAUCACAUAUUUUGAUAAUUCGAUCGCGGUGUACAGAUGAUCAUCUAUACUACUACAACAACAACAAUAACAACAACAGAGACAACGAAGGGCGCGAUGAACGAUUCGUAGCCUCGACGACAAUGGUCGAAGAACGGAUGUAUUUUCUCUAAACCAUGUAAUGUAAAUUUUGCCUGUCAAAUGUUUACGUCACAGCCGCAACAACUCCAACAUGCCGAUGUAAAAUUGUCGCCACGACGCAACACGACCUCCACUGCUGCAGUAUUGCCACCGCCUCCACCCGCAGUACCCAUUGCUACUAAACCCAAACCCAUAGCGGUGCCAUCCAACAACAUGUCUACAGUAAGCAACACCACAUCAAUGGUGACCACAUCAAUACUUACCUUGGACGGAUUGAACUGUACCGGAGCAGGAGGAGCACCGGGAGGCGGAGUGCCUACUCGCACCACUCCGACGUUGACUCCGACCACUAUGCGUACCAUAGAAGACACCCUGGAAUCCGUUGGAGUCGUACAAGGGCCGCCGGCGGCCGAUUUUAGUUUUGCCGGUCAGCCCCCGUCCGCUUCGGACCUACACCACUUGCUGAUGGACGGCCAACAGCAACACCACCCACAGCAGCAGCAACAGCAGCAGCAGCAACAACAACAACAACAACAGCAACAACAACACCAGCAGCAACAGCAACACAACCAACAGCUUCCGGACCGGUAUCAAGCGGGCGCCGGGUGCGUGUUCUUGACCGACACGAUAGCCACCGGAACGGGACAUACGCCGUCCGCCUUGCAACAGCGACAGGCCGGUUUCGUGCCGCCACUAGUCCAUCACAACCCUAACCCCAACCAACAACAACAGCAACCCUUGCAGCACGCCAAUCAACCAGCUAUUUUGUUGAGCACGGCGUUGAGCAUGGUCAACAACAAAUCGUGGCAAGGAGUGGUGACCACUACCCAACAACACAAGGACGCUACGACCACCGAGGACGACGAUGACGAAGACGAGACGUCCGACAGCGACACCUCGUCCAAGAGAAAAACGCCGUUGAGGAACACUAACGGCCGGCAAACGGGUGGCCGCAAAAAGAACGGAGCGGCUUCAAAGUCGUCGCAGGCCAACACAUCCGGCGGAGGAGGAGGUGGUCGCCGUUCUAACGGCAGCGGUAGAGACAAAGUGCUGUCGGCCGAAGAAGAGCACAGGAGGCAAGUGCGAAGAGAGCGAAACAAAUUGGCUGCAGCUCGGUGUCGUAAGCGUCGUAUGGACCACACAAAUGAACUGCUUGAGGAAACCGACCAGCUGGAGGACAAACGAAAGAGGUUACAGCUGGAAAUCGAAGCCCUGCGGCAGCAAAAACAGGAUCUGCAACAAUUGUUGAACGAACACAGCCGCCAGUGUCGAGUCAAAGUGGAACCGCUGGAUGAAGAGAAGGUCGACGUAUCCACCGUUGUUAUCACGUCCGUUGGCGUCCACAAUGUCGUAAAACGUGAGACACAACUGGAGGCAGUCCGACGUCCCACUUUGUUGCGGCUUAACGACAACAGCUGCUCGUCGUCUCGUUUGCCUCAACAACAACAACAACAGCAGCAGCAGCAUCAGUCGCACCGAAACAACGUGCAAAAGGUCGAAUUAAACUUUGAGUCGCUCAUGGACGGCGGAACCGGACUGACACCGGUGUCGUCGUCGGCAGCUAUGCAACCAGGCGGUAACGCCGUAUCGUGAUAUCCGCCUUCAUCGCCGUAGAGGCCACCCUAGUUUGCCGCCGCCAGUCUCACCAUAGUUAAAAGUGGCCAUUUAUUUUUAUUUUUUAAUUUAAUAACUAAAAUUAGCUUAACAAUUAUUCUCUUAGUUUUAUUAUAUUUUUUUAUGAUUAUUGAUUUUUCUUCCGUUAUCGCUGUUUUAAAUUACAUUACUAGACAAUUAUUUAAUAAUAUAUAAAUUUAUAUUUUUAUUAGUUUUGUGUAUUAAAUUUUUUUUAUUAUUAUUAUUAUCAUAUAUAUAUAUAUUUGUGACUAAAUUAUAUACAGACGACGGUGAAUUAUUGUGUAUUGGAAAAAAAAAGUCAAAUCAAAAUUUGAGCCAACAGAGUGAGCACCGCCGCUUUUUCUUUUGUGAUAUUUGAAUCAUCGUAUUUUGUACCUUAUUUUUUAGCUUUCAUUUAUCAUCAGAAUAAUAUUAUUAUUAUUAAUCAUUGUACAGUUGAUGUAAAAAAUUUUGUAGACAAUGAUUUUUACCAGUGUUUAACAACUAUUUUGAGCCAAUGAAAUAUUUUAAAACGUGUGUUGGACGCUUUAUUUAUUGUCUUUUGUGCCUAAAUUUAUUAUUAUCGAUUUAAAAUAACCGAAUUGUUGGAGUAAUUUGUAAUCUGCCCCGGCCGAAUUACAACAUUGCAAACGUGUACACAGAUAAUAACGAUAUUAAUACUUUGUAUAAUAAUAUAUAUUCUAUUUAUUUAAUGUAUUUAUAUUUAAUAUAUAUAUAUUUUUUUUUUGUGUAGAGAUAUAAUAUAUUUGUAUAUAAUAAAAUAUAAUAUAGUAAUCCAAA